CCAGUUCGGACGCGUUGUAGUGCAGUGUUACCGGCCUGAAAUCGUGUUUCCGUGUAUUUAAACAUUUUGGGAAAAAUCGUAAAGUUGCAUAAAUUUUAUUCCGUUCGGGAAAACCGAUUUGUUGUUGUGAAUUCCGGUGAUUGCAAAUAAAAAUCUCGAUCUAGUUGUGUUGUUGCACUUCGUUUGUUUUGAACUUGCACCAUCGCCUCCUCGGACGCGUUUCAAUCUGUAUAAGAAAGGAGUUAUCAGUGAGAUUAUUAUCCAGGGUUUUCAAUUGGAUUUCUUAGAGGGCGAGGAUGGAUUAAAUUAUUUCAAACAUUGCAGAACUUGAGGGUUGCAACAUGCCAGACAGAAUCCGCCAGAAGCUCUAAAUUAAUAUAAACGUUAGCAUAUGAAAAUGGCACACGGGCUUAUAUUUCUGAUAGUGCUUUGGAGUCUGGCAGCGGCGAACAACGAUGACUGGGAGAAAAAGUGCAACAAGUGCAAGUGCGUGUGGUCGAACGGCAAAAGGACAGCGGAUUGUACGAAUCGCGAUUUUAGCGAAAUACCGAAAGAUUUAAGUUCGGAAAUCCGCGAAAUAGACUUCUCAAAUAAUCCUUUGCAUUAUUUGGGCCGCGAAGUAUUUGUUAGUGCGGAGCUUAGAGACAUUCAUAAAUUAAGAUUCGUCAACUGUAGUAUAAGUGCGAUGGACGAUACUGCCUUUAAAGGCCUACUUUUACUAAUCGAAUUAGAUUUGUCGCGAAAUUCAAUCGGUCUUUUAACAUCGAAGAUUUUCGAGGAGAAUCGCAAAUUAAGGAUUUUGUCCUUGAGUCACAAUAAAGUGAAGAGGUUGGACCACGGAUUGUUUUACAAUAUGACACAUCUGCAAAGACUUUCAUUAGACCACAACGAAAUCGAAUAUAUCAAUGACUCGGCGUUUUUCCUCCUUCCAGCAUUACAACAUCUCAACUUGGCUUACAACAAGCUGACAGUCAUGAGUCCUGACUUCUUGGAGAAUUUCCCGAAAAUUGUCAGCUUGAAUCUCGAAUCCAAUCCGUGGAUCUGCGAUUGCCACCUCCAAGAGUUCCGAAAUAAAACUAAAAGAGCGAAUUUAAUAACGACCCAAACCCAAUGUGCAGAGCCGCCUCUUUUGAAGGGCCGAUUGUGGACCGACGACAACAUCAUAUUCGCUUGCGUUCCCCAGAUUGUGGAGCCCCUUCCGAGCACCCACAUCGAGGCCACGACCAGUAACAUAACACUUACUUGCCGCGUCCUCGGAGACCCCCAACCCGACGUAGACUGGGUCUCCAACGGGAGAAUCAUCGACCGGGACCCCCGACUCAACACCCAGCGAUUCAUCACUUCUAAACGCAAAGUUGGAGACUACACUUGGAACAAUUUGACAAUAACAAACGUGAAUUACCGCGACAAAGGCGAAUAUAAGUGCGUCGCGAAAAAUCCGGGAGGCUCCGACGAGAAAAACGUGAGUUUGAUCGUGUCCUCCAUCGGGGGAAUUGGAGGAGGAGGCCCCCUCGCCCUCGGGGCGACUCUUCCCGUAGUGAUAGCGUUAAGCAUUGGUGGAAUAAUCGCCCUUGUGGUGAUUCUCAUCCUCGUGUGCUGCUGCUGCAGGAAAAACACGCACGGAAUGGCGACCAAGAGGAGGGACCUGCAGGACUCCUCCGACGAGUGUAUAAGACUUCACGGCCAGCCAGAUAUGGAGAAGUCGCUCAUUACGGACGUUAACCCCGUGAUGAAGCCCCCCAGAAUCUGUUCAGUGCCUCCAUCGGUAAACAGUGGAGGAACGGAAGUUAGCGAAGCUAAAAAGAAUCUGCUAGACAGCGACUCGGUUUUUGCAGGCGACGACGAAUCCCGUUCGUUCGACUUCGAUAUGCCGUCAUACCGAAAAUCGCAGAACCUCCUGGAACCGGAUUACCGCGGUAAUCACACCUACCCUCCAGAUCUUCUUCCUUUCCCGCCUCGUAUGUGCCAGGUAUCCCCGGCAGGUAGUUCAGCUUCGACGGUAGCAGACACAUCCCGUUUACCAGCACAUCACGGUCCACAAUCGCCAUUACACAGUCCACUAUACGACUCCAACAACCUCUACCGAACUCUUCCUUACUCCAGAUCGCAAUCGCCGUUCGUGGGUCCCCCCGCCCGAGUGCCCCGUCAGGGCUACGUGACGAUUCCACGCCGACCCCGCCAGCGAUGGAGCACCGACACCCCCACGACCUCCGACGUAGAGGAACCCCUCUACGACAACCUGGGUCUUCGAACCACCGUGGACGGCAGCUCGGCUCUGUCCUUGAACAAAAUUGGAGGAGAGGCCACCACCCCCAAGUCGAUACGACUCUUCCCCAUGAGCCCCUCCAGCUGCGACCCCAUCGCGGAGAACGAGCCGCCCCCCACGGCCGGGAAACUGUCCCCGUCGACCACACAGUGGGCCAAGGCGAAUGCCGAGGCGCUGAGGAGUCCGGAUAAUAGGAGGAAUUCCAUGCCCGAUGGAAAAGUUAAAAUAGCACCGGUUCCUCCUCCUAAGCCUAAGAAAAGGACUUCCACGGGACCGCUGUUUGAAGAUGAAGGUGAAGACGGGACAGAAGUGUGAGAAUGGCUCAAACUGGUGCGCGCGGCACUGGUGACUUGUUGAAAUCGUGGUGCUAAAGGUGCGGACCAAGAGUCUGGACACAGGGUUAACGGACGAUUUUUUUUAAUGAAAUUUUUCUGUGCCUUAUCGACGAAAUCGAUUUAAAAUUCUAUAGUUGGUGUACCUAGUGCUUGACCCUUCGUGUAUGUUUCCUACGGGCUUCCAUGGACGCGUGUGUCGUAGCUUAUUUUCGAAAUGAUAGAGAGGGUGGAGUGUCCGUCGCAGCUACGAAAGUUAUGAUCUCAGAACCGUUUGUGCAUAGACAAACAGCGCUGUGAUUGAUGGCACCGCAACAGUAUUAUUAAUUUAGAUAAACAAGAGCUUGAUGCGCGCUAUCUCUAUCGUCUCGGCGAAAAUUCUCUGAAAUUGUUGUAGUGGAUGAACUGUGAUCUUUUGACAGUUACAAAUCGGUUAGGUUCAGCCAGAUGUAAAGAGCGCUUUCACGGCAGUAGAGCCUUUAUUAGCCUGCAUACAGUAUCAUUGUUUAUGCGUCAUUAUGUACCCUUAUAUUGACUUGAGAUAAUGGAACCAAACAGACGACGCGACGUGAACGCGCUCUUCCAGAUCAUACAUACAUUCAUAGUUCUUGCUUUUUGGUGUUCCACUUUUAAUAAGAGACCCGAACGUACCCUACUUUUCAAAUCGUCGCUUGUAAUUAACUACAAAACUAUAAUUGUACUAUCAAAUUGUAUAUAAUUACAUAUUUUCUAUGACUGUACUGUAUAUUCAUUUUAAAAUAUAGAACUAAAUGUAACGAAAUCUACAUAAACGAUCAAUAAAAAGAAUA